AUGUUUCAUCCUGCUAUUGGUGCGUGGAAUGUAAGAGGUUUUAAUCAUCCUGAUAAAGUCCUUAGCUGCAAGCGCCUUAUUAAGUCCUUUAAGCUUGAUAUGUUAUGUUUAUUGGAGACCCGGAUUCACUCUCCUGCUCUUUCGGAUCCCUUCUUUGAAUCCUCCCAUUCCCUUUUCCAGAACGAAGACAACCUCCAUAAUUUUCAUUUGUCAUCCUCUGGUAGGAUUUGGAUUAGAUGGGAUUCUAGUAAACUUAAUUUUACCCCCAUUCAAGUCACCCCUCAUAUGAUUACCGGGAAUGUUCUGAUUGGUAACUGCUCUCAAUUUCAGCUCACUAUUGUUUAUGCUGCUAAUAAUGCCUCUGAUAGAAGGGAUCUUUGGAACACUAUUACCUUGACGGCCCCUCCUGCUGAUGUCCCCUGGGCUAUCUUAGGGGAUUUUAAUUGCUGUCGGUUUGGUUCUGAGAAAUCUGCCGGUUCUUCCCUCCAUCACUCUAAUUUGGUAUAUUUGAAUAACAUGAUUUUUGCUAAUGGUUUGAUGGAUUUUCACUCAGUUGGUAGCUUCUACACUUGGUUUAAUCAGCAAUCUGUGAAUCCUAUUUACAUUAAACUUGACAGGACUCUUGUUAAUGAAGAAUGGGGGAAGAGGUUCCCUAGUUCUUUUUGUUAUUUUCAAAGCCCGUCAUGCUCCGAUCACUCUCCUAUAAUUCUGCAUCCGGGAGUGUCUUCUCAAUCUAAUCACAGAUUUAUUUUUAAGAAUUUUUGGACUAAGCAUGAUAAUUAUUGGGUGCUACUGCUAAAUGCUUUUUCUGUUCCUUUAAAUGGCAACCCAAUUUCUCAUUUUUGUAAUGUUCUCAGGAAGUUUAAAAGGGACAUUAAAAAUCAACACUGGGCUAAUUCUCAUUCUCUUAAUAUACUUUUGGAUGAUCUUCAAGCUAAACAAAUGAACAUCCUUGAGCUUAUUAAGGUGAAUCCUUUGGAUGCAUUUCUCGGAGCUGCUCUCAAACACAUCAAUUUAAAUAUUUCUCAAGCUACCUCAAUGCUUUCUAGCUGGAUUGUUCAGAGAGCAAAGAUUAAGUGGUUGCAACAUGGUGAGGAUGAUCUUAAAUUCUUAUAUGCUAAAAUCAGGAGUAGGGUGAGUAGCUCAAAGUUUGUGGUCAACUUAUUUGCUUGCAAUCCUAGCAAUUCUCGUGAGGAGGUUAUUCAGUCGAUUAUCAUGUAUUUUCAAUAG